UCCAUGGAAAUGGGAAAUGAGACGACUGUCCAAGAAUUCACUUUGGAGGGGUUUCCUGCUGUCCAGCACCUGGGAAAGGUUCUCUUCCUGGUGCAUCUGCUGGCAUACCUGGCAUCCAUGGCAGGCAAUGCGGUCAUUGUCACCAUCACUUGCGCUGACUCCAGACUCCAGACACCAAUGUACUUUUUCCUCAGCAUUUUCUCCUUCUUUGAAUGCUGCUUCACAAGUACUGUAAUUCCGAAAUUGCUGGUCAUCUUUCUUUUGGGAAGACAAACAAUUUCCUUUGUUGCCUGUUUCAUACAAGCCUUUGUCAUUGUUUUUCUGGGAGCAUCAGGUUUCAUCCUCAUGGCAGUGAUGUCUCUGGACCGGUACAUGGCCAUUUGCAGGCCUCUGCAUUACCCAACUAUCAUGAACUUGAAAAAUUGUGCCCUCCUGAUCAUUUCCUGCUUUAUCUUAGGUUUUAUUUUUGUCACUGGCCUGGUGGUGAAGGUGUCUCAGUUAUCCUUCUGUGGUCCCUCUCUCAUCCCUCAUUUCUUCUGUGACAUUGGCCCCCUGAUCCAUCUCUCGUGCUCCAACACAAGAUCUGUUGAAAUAAUUUCAUUUGUUCUUGCCUUGUGUGUCCUUUUGACAUCCCUCACCAUAACCAUCAUCGCAUACAGCAACAUAGUAGUGACAAUCAUUCGUCUCCCAUCAGCCAAGGAGAGACAGAAAGCUUUCUCCACCUGUUCAUCUCACCUCAUUGUCCUCUCUCUGAUGUAUGGCAGUUGUAUCUUUAUCUAUGUGAAACCAAAGCAAACAAACAGGCUGGAAUCCAACAGGGAGGCUGCCCUUGUGAACACAGUGGUGACUCCACUGCUGAACCCUAUCAUCUACACUCUGCGGAACAAACAGGUCCACCAAGCUCUGAGGGAGAAAAUGGGCAGAAUGAAAAUGUCAAAAUAA